AUGAGCUCAAACGGUAAGACAGAAAUGGCAGAAGAAGUCGACUACUCUUUAAGUGCAUCUGAUAGCGAGUAUGAGGUAAAUGAGACGCUUGUUUCACCGAACCAGACGGUUGAGGCGGCUGCUGAGACUGUAGAGGAUUCACAGCAAGGAAACCCAUCGCAGCCAACCCAGCCAGCCAAGAAGAAUGCACCACGCAAGCAACGCAAGAAAUCAGCUCCUGGGACAUUCUCUGAUGCCACCAACGUUAUCAACACGACUGGCCAAGUCGUCGACACAGCCAGCAAGACGGUCGAUGUAACUCAGCAGCCACUGGACGUUCUUAAAGAAGCUACCAGUGUUGCUCAGCCAGCCGUACAAGCAGUCCAGGGCGUUCAAGGUGCCGUUCAGACCGGCAAAAAGAACGACAAAGGCAACAAUCCCAUAUCGCUGAGACUCGACCUCAAUUUAGAAUUGGAGAUAUUCAUCAAUAAGUGCUGCGCUGCACAGCCUCCUUCUCACUCAUAUCACUUCACAGGCGAAACUGCACGGCGAUGUGUGCCUCAAGCUUCUCGCAUAGGCUCAAGGAUAGCUAUAGCACCACAUUUGUAA